AGUUGGGCUAGUUUGAUGGAGGAUGAUGAAGUACAAGUAAAAAUUUUUAAACUUGAAGAACUGAUCAAGCAAAACAAUAAGCAGCUGCUUAAGCUGGAAGCCAACACCGAUUUAAAAAUAUCUGGGCACAUUGAGGCCACAGAGCUGUGUUGCGAGACUCAUGUUAGGGAGAAGGAGACCCAGUUGGCUGCUUGGCGGGCACAGGCCAAAACGGCUGCAGUCGAGCUCAAGGAAAUUGAAGAUCACUUUACAACACUGCUGAACAAUUUGACCAGCUGCAGAAUUAGUUUAAUGGCCAAGAAUUAUCAACAUCAAAUUCAGAGUGAAGUGGACCUUAAGGCUAAAAUAUCCGAGCUGAGUUUGCAGCUCAAGUUAAAAGAUGCACAAAUUUUGGAAUUACAAGCCCUGACCAAUGAGAAUUUGUUAAAGCUGCAGGCGGCACACAGCAAGCUCAAGGCUUACGAUGAUGAAUUGGAAGAAUUUCAGCCGCGCAGCUGUUUGCCCUUUGGCAGUACCACCGGCAUCUAUAGGAUCAAGCUACCUGGCCAGGAAUCCUUCUAUGUGCCCUGCGAUGCGCGUUUCGCUGGCUCCGGCUGGUUGGUUAUCCAACGCCGCAUGGACGGCAGCGUGAAUUUCUUUCGCAACUGGAGCGACUAUCAAGUGGGUUUUGGUGCACUUAAUGGAGAGUUCUUUAUUGGAUUGGAGAAGCUGCAUCGCUUGACCGCUCUGCAGCCCUAUGAGCUCUAUGUGCAUCUGGAGGACUUCGAAGGCGAGAUACGCUAUGCACACUAUGACAACUUGAGCAUUGGCAGUGAGAAAUCCUUUUACGAGCUCAGCUCUCUGGGCAGAUACACUGGCAACGCUGGCAACUCGAUGGGCUUGAAUGUCAUGCAGAAGUUCUCAACACUGGACAGCGAUAACGAUAGCUGGCUGGAAGGCAGCUGUGCGCGCCGAUAUCACAGCGCCUGGUGGUAUGCAGCCUGUGCAGCCUUUUGCAAUCCCAAUGGCAAGUACUAUAAGCGGCGGCAGCUGAGCACCAGCUCGCGCGGCAAGGGCAUUAUUUGGCAACACUGGCACGGCUUCGAAGAGACACUCAAAUUUAUACAACUCAUGAUACGACCCAUAUCAGCAGCAAAAUAUUGAAAAUCAAAUGUAAAAAAAAGAAGCAGACAACUGCCUGAAAGUAUAUAACAAUUUGUAACUUAAUAAUAGAAUAUUUGUGCAUACACAGUCAGGGACAAAAGUAUUCGUCAACUAAAAAAUCAAAAUAAUUAUUGAUUAAUUAAACUGAAAAACAUAUAUUUUUUUUAUGUUCUUCGAUAUACCUAAUUCGUAUAAACGUAUUUAUAAAAGAAUUGUAAGCGAAAAAAAACACCAAAAAAGUUUGCCUAUUUUCUUAUUGGCGAUAGCGCGAAUACAUUUUUGAACAUGCAAGAAAAUAUAAACGAGACUUAAAAAUAUUUAAAUUAGUCUUUUAAUAAAUCUUACAUUUAUCAGAAAACAUAAUUUAAAUAAGAGUGCUUGCAAGGUUGCAUUCCGGCACAGAAAGUUAUAUUAUAAAAUGUCAACUUUAUAUUAAAAAUUAAGAAUACAGU